AUGUCGUCAUAUGCCCAAAUUCACCGCCAGUUUGUACAGAUCGUCGACGAACCUUUCGUCUGGACACCAAAAGGAACCCUCUCUAGGAAGGCCACAUAUGUCAAGUUCAGCAAGGAAAUCGAUUCGUUGUACCAGGAACAAAGCUUAGGCUCGCAAGUCAACCUUUCUGACUUUGAUCAACUUCACGCUAGCCUUCUUAAAUCCGCCCGUCAGGCUAUAGGAAACAUGUCCUUGGCGGCCGAUGAUGAUCUUUUCCAAUCCGGAUUCGACUCUUUGUCAAUACAGCUUUUUCACCGUUCCAUCGAGGCGUCCGGUCAACUUCUGCAACUCAAAACUAUCUACGAUCAUCCUUCGGUGGACAGACGAGUCAGGCGCUUUGGAAAUCUCUUCAGCCUCAAGACAUCAAUCCUCCGAGUGCAGUUGAUGACAUUCGCACUCUCCUUGCCAAGCUCCACGGGAUUCUUGGGCAGCUACCUGCUUGAUACCCCCGUCGCAGAUCCGCAGGUUUCUGAAGUAUGGUGCCUUAACAGGAACCAGGAUGCUGUCCAGAAGCAGCUCCAAUCUGCCAAAGACAAAGGCCUGCGAAAUGACUGGGGAUCCAAAGAACAACAAGCUAACAGGAUUACAGACAACGCUUGGCAGGUCAACUUGAAUCUUUCAAUUUGGUCAUUCGAGAGUCAGAUCGCAGGUGUCAGCAACCUCAUUCAAUUCUGCUCUGAGGCUAGGAACGCUGUGCAUGUGUGUUACUGUUACAUCUCUUCCAUCGGCGUCGCUACCAACUGGUCCACCACACAUGUUGGUCCUGUCCCCGAAGCUCCGGUUCAAGACACUGCUGCGCCUGGGACUGGAUAUGGAGCUUCGAAGAUGGUGGCAGAGACUCUUCUCCACGAGGCCGCCAACUCUGAUAUUCUGUGUUUGAGAGUCUGCCGUGUGGGACAGAUGUCUGGUCCAGCACUAAAGGGCUCUGAUCAUGGUGUAUGGAAUCCGAAAGAGUGGUUACCCACGUUGAUUCGCACUUCAUCCGAAAUGCGAGCAUUGCCGGAGGCUCUCGGAAGCCUGGAUAAUAUUGACUGGGUCCCCAUCGACGUUGCCUCUCAAAUCAUCUCGGAAAUGGUCUUCACCUCAGACUCAUCAAUCGAAACUGACUCCCAAUUCUUCCACGUGGUGAACCCAAAGACUAUUCGCUGGCAGUCCAUUCUUCCAGUAAUUCGAGAGCGGCUGCAAAAACGCCAGAACACCCCAGUGGAUAUCAUCUCAUUCAACAGCUGGGUUCGGAAGUUACGUAACACUUCUAGUAGCAUGAGCCCUGUGAGCAGGGACAGCGUGUCUCAAGGCAUAAGCAAGUUGAAGCUGUUGGAAUUCUACGAAAGCAUCCAGGUUCCCGAUGGGGUUGGUGAACACCAAGGGCCAGUUAGGAGUGAGGCCAGUUAG